UACUGGAGCCUUAGGGUCUGCUGAUCCCAAUGGACCUCUUCGCCGAUAGGUUUGUAAAUGGCAAAAAAUUGCAGAAGAAGCUUAAAAAGAUGUUCAUGUUGAAACUGACAUCCCACAAAGAGAGUGGAGCUGAUAAUCACAGCUUUUAAAACUACUCACGUUGUCAAGUUACUUCGCGUGCUCUGCUCUCCCAUUGGCUCAUUCAUUCAGAGUGGAGAGUAGGCUACAUGCUACCUGCUUGACAAUUUCUGUUUAAGACACUACAUUCAUACAUUGGUCGGCCAGGAAGUGCCGUGCUAUAGGUUUGCAAGGAUCAGCAGAUACUGACAACAUCAGCAGCACAGCAGCUUCGCUGGUUCAAGUUUUGAAGGCGGUCAGAGCGGGAAUAACAGCAGCAGCGUUUAGUGUGGCUUCAGUCGUGGAUGAAGCGCACAGAGAAGCAGCCUGGACGACCCUCACCAGCGGGGCAUGAGGACAGACGAGGAAAGCAGCCAGCAGCUUCAUCAUGUUUCCAAGUUAAUCAGUGCAAAUAACACCCGCUCCCGGCGAGAAUAUUUUGCACGUGGAGUGAACCUCAGCGGUAGCCUGACAUCUGCAGCCUACAGCCCCUGUACUCCGCUUUCUACUUCGCUCCCACAGAUUCCCUCUCUUGGAUAACUGCAUCUUUGAAAACGCCGUUUUCUUUUUCCUCUGCAUCGAUUGUGCUGCGGCAGACAUGGAAGAUCAGGGCCGGUUGUUGCAGGCACUGAGCGGCGUGACACUAACCGGACACUCGGUGCAGGGAACCCUCGGGCUGGAGCCGCCUCACAUCCACGACAGUAUCGACAGGGAUGAACGGAAGCAGGACAUCGGGAGUAUUCUUCACCAGAUUAUGACCAUCACUGACCAGAGUCUGGAUGAAGCGCAGGCAAAGAAACACGGGCUGAACUGUCACAGGAUGAAGCCUGCACUCUUCAGUGUCCUCUGUGAAAUCAAAGAGAGAAUAGGUCUGAGUAUCAGUGGUGCGCAGGAGGAAGAGCCUGCAGACGCCCAGCUGAUGAGACUGGACAACAUGCUGCUGGCAGAGGGGGUGGCCGGACCAGAGAAGGGGGGUGCAGCAGCAGUGGCCGCAGCAGCAGCUGCUGCUGUCGGUGGUAUGACUGAUAACUCCAUCGAACACACUGACUACAGGGCCAAGCUGACGCAGAUCAGACAAAUAUACCACACAGAACUGGAGAAAUAUGAACAGGCUUGCACUGAGUUCACUACACAUGUAAUGAACCUACUGAGAGAACAGUCACGGACACGACCCAUCUCCCCAAAAGAGAUUGAACGCAAGGUGAACAUCAUUCAUCGCAAGUUCAGCUCCAUCCAAAUGCAGCUCAAGCAGAGCACCUGUGAGGCUGUUAUGAUCCUGCGCUCCAGGUUCCUGGAUGCCCGGCGGAAAAGACGGAACUUUAGCAAACAGGCCACGGAAGUCCUGAAUGAAUAUUUUUAUUCACACCUAAGCAACCCUUACCCCAGUGAGGAAGCCAAAGAGGAGCUCGCCAAAAAGUGCAGUAUCACUGUUUCCCAGGGUGGGGGAAGCACCAUCACAGUGUCACAGGUUUCUAACUGGUUUGGGAACAAGAGGAUCCGGUAUAAGAAGAAUAUUGGCAAGUUUCAGGAGGAGGCCAAUCUUUACGCAGCAAAAACAGCAGUGACAGCAACGCAGGCCGUAGCUGCUGCUGUUCACAAUGGUCAAGACACCUCUCCUGCCACCCCCAACUCAGGUUUUCAAAUGAAAGACGAAGAUUUCCAGCUGGAUGCUGGAGACAGCAAAAACUCCCUGUUAACCACCAUGUUCACAGGUGGAUACCACACACCGUACUAUGAGUCAGACAGCAUACAGUGAUGGCCUCUGAGAUCCUCUGCACAGUGCACACAGCCUCUAAGUAUAUGAGGAUUGACAUGAUGUUCCAAGACCUUGUCCGAUGGCCUCCCCUAAUGAGGAACUGCACAGGAUACAUUCUGAUACCUCAAACUGAAGUUCCCACCCCCAACCACAGCACAACUCUUCACAGUCCUUCUUAAAGUCCUCCAGAAUCCAGCUGAACCUGCUCCGUUACAAUGGCAUGAACCAGUUGGACUUGUGCUCUCUAGAUGGAUCAGAGGACUCCUGAAACAACCGACCACAGAGAUGACUAAAAACUGUUCUGCAACGUAGGAUGAAUGACUGAGGUGAGAAGUGAGCCUCAAUCUGAAGCCAGUUGUGUGACCCCUGUCUUUUUUCUCACUUCAUUUUAUAUGCAGCUCUUUGUUUAAUGCAGUCAGCAGUUAAAGAAAGUUAAAGUUAAACAGGUAAAGAAACUAUGUCAGUCCAGUAACCGUGCCAGUAACCAUUCAAAGUGUCUUCAGGAUGCUUAACAGAACCUAGAUCCUGAAACCCUGAAGUGUCAAGGAAAAAAUCCUUGCUCUUUUUUCAGUUCUCUCCGAGGAAAGGCCAGAUCAAUAGUAAUCCAAGUGUGUCCUCUCCGUUAAUCACUUUAUGAUUUAGGAGUGGAAAAAUGGCAAGUGCCAAAAACUGCAGUUUGUCUAAUGGACACUUGAGGCGGCUCCAAAUCCCCAAUCCCAAUCCUCCAUGUGAAAAUGCCCAGGCCCAAUGUAGAAAUAAACAUUUUCCAGCUUGUACAAUUAGCAGUUUUGGUCUCUAUUUUCAUUCACGUCAACUGUUUGAGGGCUGUUUUUUUUCAUAGCAGACCUCUCUGAAGAGGCUGCUUUAUGUGACAGGUGGGUAGCCACAGAUUAUUUGCUGGUAUAACUCCAUUAAAUCUCUGCCUUCUUGUCCAUGUUUGAAUUAGCUGGAGGUUAGGAAGAGUCAGGUACUAGAAAGGUGACGGCCAGUGCCACCCAUAUUGAGCUUCCAAAUUGCUCUUUAGGAAUCAAAUGUAUUCUGCCUUGGUCUUUUCCUGAGAAAUGUUGACUGAUGAUUGUAAUGCUUUUGAAGAAAUAUGGGAUAACACAGGAAUUCUAUUGAAUCCUCUAUUGUUACAACAGUCUUACAAAUUUGGAAAUUAGGAAAAACAUCCCUCUAAUCAGCAGUACCAUCUGGGGAUCCCUGGGCGUUUACCCACCACAUAUUGAAUCCCUCCAGUGAAUUCUGGGCCUUCCCCAGGGUUUCCCCCUGGCUAGCCACACCUGGUAAACCUUCAGCCCUCUGAAUGCCUGAACCACCUCAACUAGUCCCUUUUAACGUGAAGGAAGAUGUACAAGUAGGUUCUAUUUCCGCCCCUAAAACCUACAUGUUGGUCAUUUUAGGAGAUUGUUCUAGUAUAGAACAUAAAUAUUCUAUAAAUAUUUGCUUUGUUUCAAUAAUAACCUGAACUGGGAACAUGUGAUUUUGCUGUGUUCGUAGAGCUUUGUAAUGAUUCUCUUUUAUGAUGUAUUAUUUAUGAACCAGACUAAUUCUACAAACAUAGAAUUUCAGUUGAACGCACGUUCAAGGACUUGUAUUUACAUAGUUUUUUUUUCUGCUUACUGGUACUCAAAGCGCUUCACUGGCACAACACUAUAUCUACCCAUUAGUUGACACUCAACCAGUGCCAAUUACUGCAGUGGGGAUUGAACCACUAACCCUCUGGUUCAUGGACAACCCAGGCUACCUACUGAGCCAAUACAAUAAAAAGUAAAAAAGUAUCAUUUAACAGUGGGAACAAUGGACAUGACAGAGGCACAGAGACAUAGCAAUUACUGACUUUCAUACAUGUUUUUAUAUGGAUGAAAGUGGCUGGUUUUAUGUUCCUGUUGUGUUUCGUUUCCGUGACUUGCCAUCAUUAAUUAAAUACUGCGGAGUAUUUGCAACGUUGCUUACUUUUGUACCUCUUUAAUAUGACAAAAAUAAGUAUUCACUCAUAUAUUGAGACUGAGCUUGACUACAGAAAAGUUUUCUUCAUGUAAUACAUUUUUACUUUUUUAGGUAAAUAUUUCUGUGUUUAUGUAACUAUGUUGUCUUCAUAUCUAUCUAUAUCUGUCUAAUGUAUCAUAUGGAGAAUAUUAUAACCAGACAGCCUCCACUGUGUUAGCCAGUAUGCAUUUUCAAAAAGAAAAUAAACCUUUGCUUGAA